GUUCCUGCUGUGGCUUGAGGGAAACAAAUCGACAUUCAGCCACGGGAGAAUCGCAUUUUGCGGCCUGUGGAAGCCCCCUCCCUGAAUAAUGGCCGCCCCAAUCUCGGUAUACAACUCGAAUGCCUUGGACACAAACAUCUCCAGUACCUCCAGAGAGUCCCUGAAGAUGGAAUUGUUAGCCGAUGUAUGUCUGCUGCCUGGAGAGGACAGAAUUAUAGAUAAAGACAUCAUAUACAUCUGUCCAUUCCGUGGAGCAGUGAAAGGCAAAGUGUUGAUCACCAACUACAGACUCUACUUCAAGAGCUCAGAUACUGAUGUGGCGGUGAUGCUGGAUGUUCCUUUGGGUGCCAUAAGUCGGGUGGAGAAAAUGGGUGGGGCAUCAAGCAGAGGCGAAAACUCCUAUGGCCUGGAUAUCACCUGCAAGGACAUGAGGAACUUGAGGUUUGCCCUGAAGCAGGAGGGCCACAGCAGACGAGAUAUUUUUGAGCUCCUCUUCAGACAUGCCUUUCCCCUCUCACAUUGUCUACCUGGGUUUGCAUAUGUGACUCAGGAGAAAUAUGAGGAGAAUGGCUGGAAUUUCUACAAACCCAUAGAAGAGUUUAGACGCCAGGGUUUACCUAAUAACAAGUGGCGUAUUACAUUCAUUAAUAAGAACUAUGAGCUGUGCGACACCUACCCUACUGUACUUACAGUACCCUUUAAAAGUAAAGAGGAGGACCUCAGAAGAGUUGCAGUGUUCAGAUCAAGAGGACGCAUACCGGUUCUAUCAUGGAUCCACAGGGAGAACCAGGCAGUGAUUGUCCGUUGCAGUCAGCCUCUGGUUGGCAUGUCUGGUAAAAGGAACAAAGAUGACGAGCGCUAUCUGGACCUGAUCAGGGAGGCAAAUGACACUGCCAAGAUCACGAUAUAUGAUGCCAGGCCUAGUGUCAACGCUGUGGCCAACAAGGCCACUGGAGGAGGCUAUGAGGGUGAUGAGUACCAAAACGCAGAGCUCAUCUUCUUAGACAUCCAGAAUAUCCAUGUCAUGAGGGAAUCCCUGAAGAAACUCAAAGACAUUGUCUACCCAAAUGUUGAGGAAUCACAUUGGCUAUCUAGUCUAGAGUCUACACACUGGCUAGAACAUAUUAAGCUGGUGUUGUCAGGAGCCAUCCAAGUAGCAGACAAGGUUUCCAGUGGAAACUCAGUGGUGGUUCACUGUAGUGAUGGCUGGGAUAGAACUGCACAGCUCACCUCUUUGGCCAUGCUGAUGUUGGACAGUCACUACCGCACACUCAGAGGAUUCCAGGUGCUGAUUGAGAAGGAAUGGAUCAGCUUUGGGCACAAAUUCGCCUCAAGGACAGGUCACGGUGACAAGAACCAUGCAGAUCAGGACAGAUCGCCAAUCUUUGUUCAGUUCAUUGACUGUGUAUGGCAGAUGACUAAACAGUUUCCUACAGCUUUUGAGUUUAAUGAGCGGCUUCUGCUGACAAUCCUGGAUCAUCUCUACAGCUGUCGUUUCGGGACUUUUCUCUACAACUGUGAGAGUGCACGAGACCAGAAUGAGGUGAGGUCAAAGACAGUGUCUCUGUGGUCUCUGGUCAACAGCAAGAUGGACAUUUAUUUAAACCCCUUCUACACCCCUGAGUCUGGCAGGGUCCUCUACCCCGUUGCUAGCAUGCGUCACCUAGAGCUGUGGGUAACAUACUACAUCCGCUGGAACCCACGCAUACGACAACAGCAUCAGAGUCCGGUGGAGCAGCGCUACAAGGAGCUGUUGUCCCUUCGAGAUGAAUACUUGAAGAAGCUGGAGGAGCUGCAGCUCUCUGACACCUCUCCUUCCUCCCAUUUGGCUAACAGCUCCACCCCCAACACAUCCUCCACCUCCUCCACACCAUCACAGCAAUACACACACCUACAGACUCCUUUCUGAGGGCUGAUGACACAUACACACAGAUACACCCCCCCCCCCUCACAUUUACACUCAGAGUAUGUAUGUAUAUAUAUAUACAUCAUUUUCAUUUAAAAAAAAAUCUUUCACUCAGAUAUCUGUCACUUACACACAGGCAGGGAUUAAUUAUGUUGCAGUCAUAAAUGUGGAUAACAAAGAAUACUAAUUUGAUUUAGAUUAGAUUGUUAACUCUAACACCAUAGUUGUGAUGAUGGGGAUUUAUGCAAAAUGUCACAAUACAGCCUUGUCAAAAGACUUCUCUAUAUACUCAUUCAUUAUAAAGUGAAGCCUUAAAGACAUUCAGUCCAACGGUUUGAACACUCUGGACACACAGAAAGGCUGAAAAUUGUGUAUUUUUCAUCCGCAUCUAUAUUCACACGAGUCCUGUUGGUGGUUAUCUUUAAAAUCAGAUCACCAAUGAACAUUUCUACUCUAUGGGUUCAAUGGUAAGCUGAGACGCAGAACUGUGUGUUGACUGCACUGCUGUUUGAGAGACAGAGGUUUGUCUUAACUUUUAAUUUAGCUUCGUAAAUUAUACCACAACUUCAAGUAAACCUGCUCACAUUUUACAGUUGUCAGGUGUAUGGUUGUUGUCCAUUGAAAGAACUCUUCAACAUUUAAACUGAAAGAAAAUUAACCUGUGUGCCUCCAUUUAAAGAUAUUUCAGGGUUGUAGCUUGGUUUGUGUUAGCUAAUUUAAAAAAGGGCUUGAAAUAGAGGACAGUGCUAAACAAGCUCUGAUGAAAGUUAAAUAAAUAGGAAAAUCCAAGUUAUGCCCAAAAUAGGUUCCCCAGCAGUUAGCUCCAACUUCAGAGCCUCACUGUAUCUCUCUCUGCUGUUGUACCACUAAACAAAAGUUGGUGUUCUUUGUGAGCAAAGCAUAUUGCAAAUCAAGAUUUUUCUGAGUGUUGCGCUGACACAUGAGGAAUCAGUUAGAUCAGCUGCAGAGUGUCAGAUUUAGACGCAGUGGUGUGGAAUUUCCUUUUGUUGGUGUGGAAUUUGCUAAUGAGCUUAUGAGGCUGAAAGCUACAUUCAUGUGGGUUUUAUCACUGCCAUCAGCCAAGCUCAACUAAGCACUAUCUCCCUUCUACUGCCUAUGCUAUAGCUGAGGGUAAAUACAGUUCUAGCAAAUAGUGAUUAUUCUGUUAGAAUUAAUCCGUGAUUUACUCUUAUGAAUGCAGCUUUGAUGUGGUUUGAAAUGUAUAGUAUAGGGAAAUGGAGUUAUGCUUGGCCUCUGAUCUUUUAUCCCCCUCCCCUUACUUAACACAGACCCCAGAAGGGGGCCAGGUUAGGUCCAAGAUAACCUUACCAUGCCUGGAUGUUUGUUUUCAAAUGGGUUUAGUGACAGUUAGAAGAAAAGAUACUAAAACUAUUAAAUACAUUUAUAUUGAUAUACACACCACCCUCACUGAAAAUUCCCAUGUUAUUUCAUAGCAGAUGUGCCUUUUGGACAUGUGGGGUAAUUUAGUUAAAAAAUAAUGACUGGAAUAUAUCAGUGGGUGGAGUUGUUUACAAGUUGUUUGGUUGUCUGACUACUCAUGUGUCUGGCCUAUGAUGGGGAAAGCUGUAAUACAUGUUAUAAACAUUGAUUUUAUGUGGCAAGUAAUAAAUGUAAUUUUCCUUUAGGAAAUUCUAUGGAAGAUAAUUUCUGGUUGAAAAAUGCAAAACAAAGUAUUACGAACGGCAAAAAUAAAUGUUUAUAAUAUGUCAAAGUUUUAGGGUACCACUUUCAAAUUAAGUCAGUUGUGGUUUUUAUUGUCAUGUUCUAAGUCCAAAUUUAGAUUUUUUUCUAUAAGAGUCAUUUUACUUUUAUCGCAAAAGGAUGAGAUAGUAUUAAAUCACUAUUUUGUCAUCAUUUGAAAAUCAUAAACAUUAAUUUAAAAUCUGAAAUAUGCCAUUUUUAUGUGGUGUUGACUGAUACUGAGUAUUUUUACUAUCCAUUAUGCUCACAGAACUCCCCCCCCCCCCCUAACUCAUAUGGCCUUCCAUAAAAUGUUCCAUUAAAAGAAACAUGAAAACCAUUCUGUCCAAAAAAUCUAAUUCUUUAGAGAGUGAGGAUUUUGCUGCUAACUCAGAAAGUUCUCAUUUUAAUUAGUUUGAAACUAACAUACAUAAUGAACUCCGACAUAUGAGUCAUAAUAUCUGUCAAAAAUGUACUCUGUGUUGUAUCAUUCUGUCUCUACAUGGCAACAGAAGUUUUUACUACAGUCAGAGUAUAUGGCUAGUAGUCUCAGGUACUUUAUUUUAACCUGGUCCACAAUAGAGGAUUGAGGCUUGCCUACUUAUAGAGCAGGUUUGGUGUGUAUCAUCAUCCAUUAGAGAGAAAUUAUUACUUUAGUAAUUCCAGCUGUGGGUUCAAUCAUUGAAAACAUAAUAAAAACCAAUGAAUAAGCAUUUCAAAAGCUCAAGUUGUGGUCUUGGUAGCAGUUAUGACUUAAUUUUGUUGAAAUGAUUUAUCGUAGAUAAUAUGAGCAUGUACGGAUCACCACUAAAGAUCAAGUAAUCUUGGCACAAUUUGUAACAUUUAUUUAAGAGUUUAGCAGUUCCAUUCCCACAGGAUUUAUAGAUACCAAGAAAAAUCUAUUAGCAUCGGCAAGCUCUCGAGACAAGAAAUAGAUAACUAUUUGUCAGUGCAGAAAAUAUGUUAAAGUGCUCAAGUGGUGGAAGGUGUGAGGAGUAGCUGGUGGCAGAAGGUUUUGUGCUUUGUAAAUGUACUUAAGUGAUGGUCUAACUUUUAUCAAAAAUGUAUAUUGCAUUACAAAAACCCAGCAGUGACUUCUUAAGAACAAAUUGAAGGAACUUCUAGAGAAGAUAUUGGUGAAUGAGUUUCAAUGUUGUCCAAGCAGAACCAUUACCAUUUCAGGGAAAAUUCAAACCUUCCACUUGCCUGCAUUAGACACAGUAUUGAUGCUGUAGUAAUUUACUGAAUAUUCAACUGCACAUUUUAACCCUGAUUUCAAGCUGUCUUUAUUAGUACAGUCAACAGAAUUUAAACUCUGUAAUUGGAUAUUUCUUAUUAAAAUGCUCAUUUGGAGUUAAAGUGACUUCCUGUUUGUAUGUUACACAUGACAUAGAAUACAACUUUACUUCUAGAACCUUGGGUACAUUGUACUCUGUACUUCUCUCCAACAUCCUUGAAUUUCAAAUAAGCAACCUGCAAGAACACAAAGAGUCAAGAAGGCCCAGAAAAGCCAGCUCAGACUCCAAUACAUUCCCCCUCACACACUGUUCCACUGACUAGGCCUGCAGCAAAUUGGAAGCAAUGAAGAUCUGAAAGAUGUACUGUAUGUACAGUCUGACAGUUUAAGUGGUGAAUGAGGUUUAACAAGUCGUUUAGUGAAGGUCAUGUCCAGAUUUGUGCCUUGAUUCUUGUGUAAAUCACCGUCUGUCUUGUUUGAGCUUGACUGUUGGUCCCAAAGAAAGAUGGCUUUCUAUACUCUAUUUUGGAAGGGGAUAUGAUGUUGCAUGGGUUUGUGCUAGUGUGAAGUGAGAUCCUGCUAACUACUGACGGUUAAAGACAGAAUAGUACCAGAGAUACAUGUCCGUGUGUUAAAGGAACCCGAUCUUUAUCCCCUACAGUGUAAUGCAGUAACAAAUCAUAGUAGCAAGAAAAGCUAAACAUUUCUUGAUCAACUUUGAGGAACCAUGUUGAGUAAUACACCACGUUUCUUUGUUUCUGAAAUUUCUUUAGAGCGAACUUCUUUGAUAUCUUUUAGGUGCAUUCUGUAAAAAAAAAAAAAAAAAUGCAAAGUGUUCUUGGUUGAGUUUUCAAACCACUACAUUGAGUGGGAUCAUAUUUGUAGUAUUAGCUGCACUGGUGUUGUUGCUAACAAGACAAACUUAUAUAGUCUAUAAGACAACACCGAACAUUGAAAGCAUAGGUUUAAUGGUAAGACUUUACAGUGACUCACUUUAACACAACUGAAGCCUAUGAAAGAGCCAUGGAGCUUAAGUUUUUCACAAGCACGUUCUCUAACUCAUAUGAACAAGUGCAACACAAUGAAUUGUACUUACAAGGAGACCAAUGCCACUCUUCAACUUGUUCCAAAAGUAACAAUACAACCGAUCCCUUAUCCUUCAAUAUGGACAACAAAAAUGUUAUCGUGGCACAUUUCAAAACAAUUUAUUGAAAGAGUUUAGCGUUUCAAUUACCACUGAAUAACCAAGAAAAAAAUCUCUUAGCAUCUGCAAGUUUUCUAUGCUUUAAUUAGAGACCUAUUUUUCAGUACAAACAAUAUGGUCAAGUGCCUGAUAGAAGUCGAAGAAUGAUUUCCGCUUUGUAAAUUAGCUUUUGUGAUAGUCCAACCUCUAUCACAAAUUAUUAUGGCAUUACAAAAACCCAGCACUCUUUUGUGCCAUGGAUUGGCAAGCAGGCCAAACCUGUCCAAAAUCAUCUGGGACAACAACAAAAAAAUCAGGGGUGUACUUUUAGCAAACACUCAGGAUAAAGUCUGGAGAGAAUGGUCUACCUGCAACAAAGUCAAAUAUCAAACUAGACUUUUCUCAGUUAGAUGGAGUGGGCACAAUUGCAUAGAACCACCUGUGUUUACAAAAAGGUCAAUUAAUAAAGGUUCUACAAGAGGGAAAAUUAAAAACUUCAUUGACAAAGGGCUGGUUUCAAUGAAGCGGUUUGCAAGUAAAACAACAGAGACAACAACAUUAAAUGUGUGUUGGUCAGGUGGUUGGGUUUUUAGAGAAAAACAGAUCAAAAUCUAUUUUUUUUAUGUUUUACUUUGUACACGCACCAUGAUGUAAUUACCUCAAUCAAAACCUAUUUUACUGUCUAAAGUUAUAUUGUUGUAAAAUACAAUUAUUUUGUGUAGUGUUAAAUCUUACAGUUUUAUAAAAAGUAAUGUUUCAGAAAUUGGUCACUUAUUUUUGUUUUUUUUUUGGGGGUAUUUCUUUGUUUGUACUUUCUAACCCAGGAUAAAAAGGCAGAAGCUUGCACACCUUGUCAUAUUCCUCUCAUUUCUCUGAUGAAACUUUGAUUUGUAGAUACUUUGUAGACACUUAAGCUAUGUGGGAAUUAAUGAAACAAGUAUCACUGUUA